GAAUUCAGAGGUAAGAUAGACAGAUAGGAGGUCUCUUCCUGAGUUGAGCUGAGUGAGUGCGUCUGUUCUCAGAAUAUGGACUAAAACUCAGUCUCUUCAGUUGUUCCUGAAUUGAACCACUUUGAAGGUAAGAAAAUUCUCUUUCUUUUUUUCUUCAUGUUUAUGUUCACAGCUCAUUUUUUACUCCUCUGUUUCUCUCCUUUUCGGGUUUUGCAUUCAAGCCUGCAGAGUGAGUUUGAGUACAGCUGAAUGGGAGGUAGAAAUGAAAUACCUGUGUGUGUUCUGAGUGAAAAACAGGUUAAGAAAAGAACAGAAAAAAAGACCUAAACCUGAUCCACUCUGUCUUUGACUCUAAAGCAGCUGUAUUCAGAUCUACAGGAUUCAGGUCCAGGACUCUGUGAAUGUGAGCUCUAAAAUGUGUGGUAUGCAGUGAGUCUCUUCAGGUCCCUGCAUGUGAAAAAAGCUGAUAAAGCCCUGAUACUCUCCCUCUGAGUCGCCCUGUGAGCUGUGCAGGAUUCUUGUGUGCUGAUGCAAAAGAGGCUCAAACACACGGAUAUUAAAACUUCACCAGAAAACAAGCUGAAUCAGAGCCAGAACUUAUAAAUGACUGUUCAUGACGAUGACGAAAACGCUCUGCAGGAUUAGAGAUGUUCCUCCUCGGUGCAUUUCCCUGAAGUCCCCUGAAUAACUGACCAGAUUAUUGACCGAGUUCAUCAGAGUGUGACUCUUUCUGUUGUGGCCUGGUCUAAUCUGGGUGUAACUAACAGUUCCUCCUUUUCAGUCAGGCUCAAAAAAAAAACUAGAAAGUCACACCAGCGGGCUGCAAAACCACCAAGAUAUGAAAGCAGCCAAGAGACUCAGAUGGACCUGAGAACUUCCAUCAAACUAUCUGAAUCAUGCAAAAGUAAAACGGAGUUCAUGCAUUUUUUAACAACACAAAAAUAAAACAGCUGAACUGAUACCUGAUACCACAGAGGUGUUGGUGAACAAAGAGUCUGUCUUCAUAGACUGGGUUAGCCUGAUUUAACUCAGGCAGCUGAGUGAAACACUUGAGGUCACAACCGGUAACACAAGAACAUGUAAAACAAAAAAAAGAAACAGCAGUCUCAGACAUCACAGAAAUACCUCUUUAACAUGUUUCAGAUUCUAAACUUUUCUCUGCUUUUUCCCUCUGAAAACUCUGAUUCAUAAAAUGUAAAUGAUGCACAUGGGUCAUUCCAUGAAAUCGGUGUCUUUUGUGUCCCCAAGAAGUAAUCAUUCAUAAAAUUAUGACAACAAAUUAAUAUGUAAUUUAAAAAUAUAACAUUACCACGUCUUCUCUCCUUAAUAUAACAUCAAAUUAAAGUCAAUUAAGUAUAAUUUUAAAUAAUUAAAAUUACUUUUAUGCUGAUGAGGGGGAGGUUUUUGGCCUGUCCCACACUACCAUUGCUGUACGUAUACAGGACUUUAAAUUUGUAAAAUGUUGGCAAAAUGUUAAAUUUUCAACUUAUUGGCGUCCCCUGAUUUCAUGUCAAUCCUGUUACCCAAGCUAAAAAAAACCCCAAAAAAUAAUGGUACAUUAUGAUUGACAGGAGGUUGCAUCCUCUCUGAGCCAGGAUGCUAACAGGUCAGUGAUAAUUAAGCUGCUCUCAUCUCUGAUGUGCUAUUUUUGAUGUUUUUUCAAGGUUUAACCAGGGGGGACAAGCAUACAACGCCAACCCUGUUUCCACUUUUUAACAUAUUAACCUAAACAAUUUUCUAUUUCUCAAAAUAUUAUCAAUAUCUACAAGUAAUUACCUUUCAAAGUACCUAGCUUGCACUUGAGCUAGCAUUUAUUUCAGAUAAUCUGCCACAGGCAGAUUAUCUUAAAAUGGUCAACCCUGUUAAUGUCAACCCUGUUACCUUUCCACAGUAACAGGAUUUGACAUGUGAGUAACAGGGAUGACAUAGAAUAGUGUUUACCCUCGUUGUACUCUCUUUAAAGGUUAACCUUUUAAAAUUAAAACAUUUCUAGGUCAUCAAGUGAACAUUAUUGAGCUAAUAAUUAUUUUUUGAUUGAUUGAUUGUUGUCAUUAAUUUCAUAAAAAUGUAAGCAAUGACAACUCAAAUGGGCGUUCAACACUCACUAUUAUAAUUUAAAUUACAUUAUAUUUUAGAUUGGGCCAUUUUUCAACAUUUCUCUUCUAAAAAUAUCUGAUGUAUGUUGAGAUGUGAUCGCCAUGCGAAAUUAGGGUAUAUUUGAUCAUCUGAAUAACAUACAUCUAAUUAGAGAAAAAAAUCCACAAAAUAAAAUAAUCUCAACUAAAGUACUGCUAAUAUAUAUAUAUAUAUAUAUAUAUAUAUAUAUAUAUACUGUAUAUAUAUAUCUAUAUGUAUAUAUAUAUAUAUAUAUAUUUAUAUACAGUAUGUGCCUCUUAUAUAUGUGCCUCUAGGAAAAAGCAGGUUUUGGAUCAGGGAAACAAAUAUGCCUUCAAAGAUGUCAAAGGAAAUGCUGAAGCUACCCAGAGACCCAUGAUACUCAGACAACCGCAACAUCAUGAAAAUCAUGUAAACAUGUUUGGUCAGGUGAAAAUCCCCCGGCGAUAGUGUUCAAGGGCUAGUGGCAUGUGAUUUAAACUCCCCUGAAAAACACUGAAAUGUCCCUUUAAUGAGGUUGUCUGCCAUACUGAGAUGUCACACAGAAAGCUGGUUUGCAUUGAAGCAGGUGGAGUCAGCACUUCCUUAUACCUGCAUGAGCAUUUCCAAAGUCUUGCUUUCUGGAUCUGAAUUUCAUGCAAGGAGGAAAAAAAAACAUUUCUGUACUCGGAAACUGUUUCAUGUCUGACUGGAAGUUUUGAAAGGAGGAAAAAAAGCCAAAUUGUGACAGAUAAAGCUGAGAAAUGUUGGGUAAUUCAUGCUGUCGACCACAAUCGGAAAUGACUGCAGGGUGUUCUCGUGUCUGUGCUUGAAGACAAGUUUUUUUGUGCAUUUUAACACCAUUCAGGGUCCUCCCAGACCAGCUCCAAAACACAUCUAUGAACUCUAAAAAACCCUGACGUCCUGCUUCUCUUUCCCCUCAUUCAACUUUCUGUUAUUUCACUCUGCUUUUUCAACACUAAGAGGAAAUAACCGAGCAUAUUACUGCUCAGCUAUUUCACACCCCUCCUCUCGGACUCUCACAUGGCUAAAAUUUCCACAGACAUGAGGAAACUGUCGUUUUAACUCUGAGUGUAAAAGGCAUCCAUGUUCCCGUCUGUAAAGUUCAGUGUUUGAAAAGUUUAGAUAACUGAGAGGAAGUAUGUCAGAGCAGGAAAUACUCUUUUCUGAUUGGCUGCUGAGGGUGAUAACACUUUUCUUGGUAUUUGUACAAAGUGAACGUGUUUAUUUACUGAAUUUAUUAGAGUUGUGUAAAAAUCUUGACCCACCAAAUCGAUUCUGACAACCCUGACAUCGGGAGCCGACUGUCGCCCAAACAGCUGAUCACUCUCUCGUCACUUUCUGUUUAUUUCAAUUUUAAAACAUUUGGUUAAGUUUUAAUCUGCCAGUACGGAGUCUCCUUUUUUACCACCUUCCUGGGACAGAGGUCAAAGUUCAGCUUUGUUUCCUCUCAUUCUUUAUAAAUUAAGAAACAGAUGUUUGGCAGCAGCUCUUGUUUAGAAAACUGGACCAGUUUCAGAUUCCACUGCAGCUGUACAGGGGCGUGUCCAGACUUUUGAACCUGGGCGGCUAAACCGAGGCAUUAAUAUAGAUGGGACUCUGCAUGUGUUCACUGUUUCAGUCUAAUGUCUAUAAACUGAUUUCAAACUGAUUUUGGAGUCGCUGUUUUUCUAGACCCAUUUGAUGUUUUUUCUUAUCUUUUUAGUUUUUUUGAUCUUUUGGUCAGAAACAUAGAGAAAAACAGAUACACUUUUUAGUUAAAAAAAAAAAACAACUGAAAUAUAUUGUAUCUUUUUUCUCCUUUUUCAUAGUCUGUCACAUCUUUUUUUCUUAUACUUUAACUUUACAAACAAAACAUACAUUCUAAACACAAAUAUGAGUCUGCAGUCCCACAAAAACAUACAAACAAGCCAGACUUACAUAAGUAAUAAUAAUAAUAAUAAUAAUAAUAAUAAUAAUACACCCUAGGAAGUCUACAUAGUAUACAUGUAUACAGUGGAAUACAGUAUCCUGCAUUAAAAACAUACAAAAAAUAAAUAUUAUGCAGAGGUAGGUAGUGUCAAUCUUUUACAUCCCGCAAUUAAGCUAGGAAUGGGCCACAUAUUUCAUUAAACAGAUCCUCCCUACCAGCUUCUCUUUAAGAGAGCCACUCAUAGCCUGCCUUUGAGCUCAGUACCUCUAUCCACUCCCUAAAAUUGGACAAGGUAGAUGAUUUCCAGUGCCGUAAAGUUAUCCUGCACCCCAUAAACAUAACUAAAUGACACCAUGAUUUUCUGCAUUUUGAAAUAUGAAUAUUAUCUGGUAUUUAUUAGAUAGUUUUGUAAUCAAUGAAAUGACAUUCGUUAGGGGAAGGAGAAAAAAUCAAUUCACUUAAGUAUCGUGAUUUUUUGUUUUACAAUUGUUUUUUUCUUUCAAAUUUAAGAAUACAUUUUUAAAUUGACUCGCAUGUGAUGUGUAUUUCUGGGGAAAUAUGGUUCCUGGAAAAGUCAGUAGACAAUCAUAAUCAUUCAACUGUUUCUCUGGUGUUAAAAAUGCAGACUAAAAAUGUGAGAACAUCAACAAUAUCGUAGGAUCGCAAUUUUAAAUCAAAUUGGCAUCCAAAAAAUCGUACGAGAAUCAAAUCGGGAGAAAAGCACAACAUCCCAGCCCUAUCAUUUAUCCAUGUUAGCUAAUCAAUAUUGUUGCAUGUUAAUCUAUAUCAAUUAGAAUCAAUAUUGGAUCAAACUUUGACCCAAAGAUUCAGAGGAAAUUGAACAAGAUCAUGAGGGUUCUGACGAUACCCAGCCCCAAUUUGUGAUUGAAAAAACAAGAUAUGGCACCACUAACACAACAUACCCAUCUGUAAGCCAGUUAAGUGAUGCCCCUAAUUACACCCAACUCUUCAAAACCCACAAGUAAUAUUUAUAAAUAUAUAUAUUUUAAAAAGUGUGUAUGAAUAAAUAACUGAGGGGCUCAAUAAAUAGAAAAUAAAGUAGACUUGUUCGAUUCCUACACCUUAUAUAAACAUUUUAAUAUCAGCUUCAGUUAGGUUUUCUUGAUUUUGGACACACCCUCUAGUGGACACUUUAGGAACUGCAGUUUUUCUACACUCUAGUGAUGGCCUCAUCUUUUUAACAUGGAUAGUUAAUGCCUAAAAUAAUCCUGAGUUUGAAAGUUGUUUCAAAGUUUUGAAGGCUUUAUCGAUAAAAACAAGAAACUGUUUUAAUGAUGUGGUCCAAUCUGAAAUUAUCCAGAACUUUUUGUUCCUGGAUCCAAAAGGUUCCUUUAGCCUGUUGUUGUCCUGAAGAAGCUGAGGGAAAGUUCUCGUCUUAACCCAUUUAAUCACCAUUUUUUAAUGUCAAACUAAAGUCGGUCUUUCGUUCCCUGCAGAUGAGCGACCAGGACAGCAGCAGCUCCUCCUCUCAGACAGAAGGAGAACUGGAUGGAGAGAUGGACGAGGAGACAAACGGAGAGAUGGAGAAGGAGGAAGAGGAGAAGGAGGAGGUGAAACACAUAGACAAUCCGAUCCCGAGUCUGUCCAGCUUCUCCUCGUCUCUGCGCGCCGUCAUCCGCAUCAAACAGAAGUACCAGGCCAUGAAGAAGAGGCGUCUGGAGCUGGCCAUGGUAGGAGGAGGAACCUACACGGGGGCGCCAGUCAAAACCAGCCCCAAAAUCUUCACCUUUGACGGCGCAACCCCCUUUUCCUUCUCCAACCAGACCUCCCUCCAUCAGAAGAAGAAGAGGAGGAGGAGGAAGAGGGUUUUGUUUCCAAAUAGAGGAGGCUGCAGGAGUCCGCCCAGGCAGGACCACAGCCGAGCCAAGUACUGCCUCUACCUGCUGUUUGCCAUCGUCUUUAUGCAGGUAACCAGAUCCACCUCAGAUCCACCACCUCAGACUGGCAGAGAUCGAGGCCCUUCGUGUAAAUACUUGUUCUGCUUUCUGCCGAGUCAGCUCUGAGAAAACAUGGUAAUACUACGUGUUGAAAUACUUGUGGGAAGAUUAAAAUUACUCGGAUUUCACUGGAAGAAUGUGGGGAGAUUUGACUGGAGAUAAUUUCACCACAUUUCCCUCAAACAGGGGAUCUGUGGUUGAGUUUGUAUUCUUUAGAAAACACGAUCAGCAGCCAGAGAGGAACGAGAGGAGAGAGGUCAGAGGGUCAUGUUUAAUUUAAACUGAAGUUUUUAUUCUACAGAAACGGUUGAUUGUUUCUCCGCUAAUAUCUGAUUAUCAUUCUUCCUCACUUCGUCUCCAGUUAAACAACAACAAUAAUAAUAACAAUAAUAUUAACUUUAUUGGUAUAGCACUUUUAAAAAUAGAGGUUUACAAAUUGCUUUGACAAAUAGUCACAAAGCCCAUAGAAAACAACAAAUAAAAACAAAAAGCUCACUUAAAACAGAACUGAAGGCCAUUUUCAUGCCAUAAGGAACCCAGAAAAUACAAGAACCAUACAACAUAAAAUGAGACCAUGAGGACCAUAAUAAAAACAUAAAAUAGUUAAGAAAAUAGAAAAUGCAAUUAAAAGGGGUAUUAUCAUUGUAUUAUGAAUGAUAAUACAAUGAUAAUAAAAUAAUAGCAGGUAAUACUGAUAAUAAUAGUAAUGAUAAGAUAGAGCAACAGAAAUGAGUGAGAGAUAAAACAAUAAAAGGCCUAAAAGGUUAAUUAAAGGUGGGGUAGUCAGAAUCUGGGGAAGUUCCAUAUUUUAGGAGAAAUCUUGAAUGUAAACUCCCCUCCCAACCAGUUUUCCCCCCAGCUCCUCCUCUCCCCUCCCUCUCUGCUCCAGCAAGCCCCGCCCACAAACAGACGCUCCUGCUCACUUGUAUCGUUCCAAUUAAAUUCAGAUAUAAUGCAAAUAAAUACUUCAGAUAAUUACAAAUGGGGCCCAGUCAGCGUUAAAGUAAAAAGUGUAGUGAUUUGAAAUGAGCCUCAUACGGUCGCACCAAAGUAUAUGUAGUGAUUUGAAAUGAGCCUCAUACGGCCGCACCCAAAAUAAUACUUGGCGAUUGGAAUUUAUAAUAAAUGUCUGAAGAUUAAUAAUCUCAAAUUAUGACAUUUAUGCACUCGUUGAAAGGGGCACCACCCACCCUUAAUGGUGGGAAAAUAAAGAAAACAAAAGUUUAAUUCAGAAAUCAAACAUCAAGUCAGUUUUAAUUAAUCAGUCUUAAUUAAUCAGUCUUAAUUAAUCAGUCUCAUAUCUUAAGUCGAAAUUCUAAUUUCAGGGACUCCACUUCUGGAAGAACACUAACAGACCAGAACUUAGAAAAAUAAUUAUCUGUUUAUUACAGGAUAAAUGAUGGUACAACACACAUGCAAUAAAUGAUGAUAAGAUAAUGAGGAUAAAAUAAUAAUAGGUGAAUAAAUAAAGAUUCUGAGUCAGGCUAGGAGCACUAAAGUUAAUGAUAGUGAGUGAAUAUGCGCUAACAUAUUAACCUACACUAACUUUAGUGUCGAGAUAAACUCGGAUGUGGAUUUGGAGGAAUCUAAGAUUACCAGAAUAAGAGGAUAUCUGAGUUGAACGCAGGAGACAGCACCAGCCCUCUUUAGAGCUCUGGAGGUUUGCAUACUUAAGUGAGACUGGUCCUUGGAGAAGAUGGAGCAGGUUCCGAAGGUCCGGGCUACUGGCGGUUCGAGCGGUUCAGCUCAGAAGACGACUGAAGUCAGCCGAAGGAUGAGCCAGGAGUUGCAGCACUCAGGCCCGAAGCAAAAACCAGCGCCUGUGGAUCCUGUGGAUGCUCGUUUGGGUACUUCUUUAGUCUCACUCAAAAACUCUGGCACAGAGGAUGACCUGGGCCUGUUGGAUUGCGUUCGGAGGUGACUUUGAAAUCACGCAGAAAACUCAGAAAAACGAGGCUCGAAGAGCAGAGAAAACUUUCAAAAAUGGCUUCGCGAAAUUAAAGAAAAUCAAUCAAAGGCUUAAUCUUGAAUUGCUAUGUGCACAAAAAGUUGAAGUUUCAAAACUUGAACUAAGACGAUGUUAAAGAAAAAUCAACGUGAAUCAACACGUGGCGUAAAACUUAGUAGACCAAGAAAAAGUUCUAAGAGAAAACAAAGAAACGCACCACAGAAGGGUGUGGGCAGAAGAGAAGGGGCAUAAGAGCCGGGGACAAGAGAGUCAGCAGAAGAGCAGAAGCAUAAGAGAGAUAAGAGAGUUAAGAGACAUAAGAGAGAGUGAGCAACCCGACUUCACUGGUUUUAUCUUCUUCACACUGGGAGUGGCUCCGGCGUGUGUGUGAGGAGACAGAGGAGGGGUUGUGUGGUCUUUGAUUAUUUGAUCUAACUUAUUCUUUUGGCUGGUAAAAGAGUCAGAUCUGAUACUCACUCACUAUGAUUAAUAUCAUUGAAUGCUUGGUUUCAUGACAAAUAAUUUGACACUAAACACAUAUGAAUGAAGUGUAGGAUCACAUCAAACAUUCUCAUUAUGUUUAAAGUAUCACAUUGAACAUGCUAAAUUACUCUGAAAUGAAACAGAUAGUAACACAUGGAAACUGUGAACAACAAAAGCGUAAACACAUGUGAAUGAACUUCAUCAUGAUUAAUAAUGGAUUCUAAAUACUCACAUUAAGGUUAUUCAAUGACAUGAUAACCACCUAAUGGUUAAAAAUACUAAAUAAACAACUACAAUAUAAACCAAACAUUUCUAAACUGUUUCUGUUACCUAGAGUUAAGUUAUGAUUCAUAGUCGAUAAAUUUAACUCUUAAAAGUUCAUGAAACAGUCUGAAAAGCUGUUGGUCUACAGAAACUAAAGAGCGAUAACUCGGCUUCUGGAGCACAUAGAAAAACGGGAAACAUCUCAUUUUAACACAAAUUUCAUGAUUAGACAGAUUAGUACAUUGCUGAAUGCAUAAGAUGUCAGGAUCAGUCAUUUGUAUUCUUUCACCAAAGGAAUGUAGUCUUUAUCAGUGCAUGGUCGAGCAGGGUUUUACGACCGAGGUCUGGAGGUCAGUGUCCCCCCCCUUUUCCUGGGGUCCGUAUGUUCACACACUUUAAGACGCUUAAUCUCAAAUGGGAGAUCUGGGUUAAGGUUAAUGUUUAUUUAGAUGGUCAGCAAAUGGAGUCAGUUUGAAAGGUAAUAAAAACUCUGUCUCUGUUCGCCGAACUGACCAAUCCUGAAGAGUCAGAGGUUUAGUCAACCUCCGGUUGGGUCACUUAUUUAACCUGAAAGUGCAAACACGUCUGGAAAGAUUUAUAUCCUGUUUCCUGGGACCAGAUAAGGAAACUUUCCUGUAAGGAAUGUGUGGGUUUCACAUCCAGGGUUGUCUUGAUUGCUACAGUCCCCCCUUCGUCACGGUGGUCCUGUCCAUGGAGCAUCGGGACGACGAGUAGACAACCAUGAAGCAGCAGCAGCAGCAGCAGGUGUAUGCAAAUAGGACUGAUGCGUCUCGUCAUCACUAUGUGAAUCACUAGUACUGCUUUGAGAUAAAAUUAAGCAUGCAUUAAGCUAUCAAAUAAAAUAGUCUUGUUGUUAGACUUUUCUCAGUUAACUAUUGGUAGACUAAUGUGAAAGAAAAUCUCCUAAUUUUUAGUAUUAAUGAGAUUUAGAAAAGCACUCUUUAGUCUGAAUGCUAACUGGAUCUAAGGCUAUAGCUGUUUUUCAUGCUUGCUGGAGAAGUCUGAAAGUUCAAUUUCAGUUUCAAAAAUGGUUAAGACUUAGGUGGAAAAGAAAGGUCUGCUAUAGACAUAUUAACCAUCUGUGUAUGAGCAUAGUCAACCUGAAUCACAAACAUCAAAAGUUUACUGCACAGAGUUUCUCUUAAACUUUGUUAAACUUGGGGAUGAUGCUCUUAUUGGUUUGACUAAUUGUCUGCUGUUGAGUCUGAAAUUUGUCAAUCUGAGUCUUAAUGACAGAAAUUUCAGGUUUUAAUCUGUUCAUGGGAUAUUUGACAGCUGACAAGCUGACCAUAUUGACAGAGGAGAGACAAAUGCUAACAAAGAAAGCAGCAACUGGGAUUGCAGUCAUCAAUGUAUCACCACAGCAUUUGGAUAUCUUAUUGGAGUCAUUUAGCUUUGGCUAGGUGACUUCUGCUUUCGCAGGACUCACACCUUCAUGGCUCCGCAGUGUUAAUCUCAGUGGUUAGCUGAGUAGUCAUGUUUAUUCACCUUCAAAGUGGAUGAAACCGAUUGAGGUGGAUAAUAAGAUCGUCGUUUCCGAGAGUGUAAUUUACUCUGAUUCUGCCGGUCAUUCACCCCCCUUUGGCGGUGUUGAUGGUUUUUCCUUUGUCUGGGAUAAAACCCAUCGUGACGGGAGUCUGAAUAACAACAGUUGGUCUCAAAGUUUACCGGGCAUUGGUCUGUGUCAGACCUGGGCCUUGGUGUGUAACUUUGACCUUUGUGAGUGUGUUGAGGUCGAAAAGGUUUUGGAGGCCUGGUUAACCACUCAUUUGGAGGCUUAUCGGAGCCUGAAAAUACACAAUCUGAAGCUUCGUUCAGCUCCAUGGGCAGUGAUUUUGUCUCCAUAGCCAACAGAGUAACAGGCUCUGCUUUCUUAGCCAAAGUUUGUCGUUGUUUGGCAAAACCUUUUACAGCAAGUUCACGAAGCUGUCGGCUAGUCAAAGUGUUUGGACAAGCUAAGACGCCAAGGUGAUGACUGGUGGUAGGGUGGAGGUUCUGGACGAACAGCGUUUUGAAGUUCAAGUCCUCCUCCAUUUCUGGUUCAUUUCGGAAACCAAAGUAAGCUUCGCGUAAGCGGUUGUAAUAUUGUUGGGGAGGUUCUGAUCUCCCUUGUUUAAUAGACAGAGCAGCAGAAAGGCCUGUCUGGGUCAAAUGAUCAGAAAACUCUUCAAUUAAUGCUUGGCAGAGCAAGUCAUAAUUAUUUCUGACAUGAUAAGGCUGUCGUUCAAGGAAACUGCUAACCUCUCGACUUGACGUUGCCUUAAUAAGGUAGAUCUUGUCAUCAAUGGUUGCACCUGGAAAUUUCCUCAGGUAAAAGUCAAUGUCUUUCAAGUAGGUGCAGGUGUCAGUAGCACCUUGGUGCUCAGGUUCAAAGCGUGCUAUGUUGCGAGCAAUUUUGUCAAGAUCCCUAUCUGAGGGAGAUGGUAAGGAGCUAUCAUGAGGAGGAGAGUAGGACUCUUGGUUUAAGGAUGACCUCUCAGGGUCAAGCAGGGUCCUGUCAUGAUGCUGAGAGAGAUACUUAAGAGUUGGUUUGGAAGGAAGUGAUGGCGCUCUCUCAGGAGGCUGAUCACCUAUCAUUUCUUCAAGAAACGUUUGCUCCAUGCGUUCUCUUUGGACUCGACCUGACUGGAGGGAGCAUUGUAACUCUCUUUGGGCAUCUUCAAGUUCUUUGUCUGUCUUUUCUCGCUGUUCUUGACAAAGAAUUAACUGUCUUUGAGCUAUCUGGAGCUGGUGCUGUAAGGUAGAAGUUUGCUUCUCCUUAACUUCAAGAGCUUCAGCACGCACUUUGACCAGUGCUUUCAAAGCUUUUACAUCUUCUGUUGCUUGCUCUAGUAGGGAUUCUGACUGUAUCAGAUCCUCUGUGGUCUUAGCAAGCUGCUUAUUUGUGUCAUCAAGUUCUUUCUCCUUUUUGUAAAGGGUUUCAUUAACUCUUUCAAUCUUGUCUUUGAGAUCAAGAUUUUCUUCAUGACUUAUCAGUGAGGGAAGCUUUGACGCUUCACAUCUGGCACUGUGUUUUUCUAAAACACUUAGAGACUUCUUAGUCUCUUCUAGCGUCUUUUCAGAGCGCUAUUUUCGUCUUUUUGCGCCUUUAUCUUUGCUAAAGCGCAUUCCAGCAAGUAGUCUUUAUACUCAAGCUGAGAAGACAUCACGACAGACAUGCAUCUAGUGAGCUCUUUGUCACGAAGUGUCGUGGUUAAAGCUGUUUCCAGUAAGUCAGCCAUUGCAUCCUCCGGAUUGGAGGGUUUGGCCUUUUGAAUCUUAGUCAUAUACUGAGGUAUCAGCUGACUAGUCAAGUUUGCCAACACUGUGUGUAUGUCCCUCAGGGGGUCUCCCUGGCUGGACUCUUUUGUGUUAGGCAUGUUUGGUUUUGGUAAAGAGGUGAAGGUGGUUGGUUGAUGAGUUUGAGUUGACUUAAAAUGAAAGGAAGAAGCAAAAUAUCAAAUUAAGUGGGUUAAUCGACUUAAUUUAUCAGUGCUUGAUAAAGAGGAAGAGCCUAUCUGAGUAGAUCUCUAAUGGAGAGAAAAACCAUAAAGUUAAAUUCAUUUCAAUGAAAAUUGAAAUAAAACAAGGUGAAAUAAUGUUAAAUUAAAUUUAACAUCAGAUACAGAACCAUUGAAUAAAUGGUUCAAUUUGUCUCUGUGUUGCAGAGAUCAGCAAAGCUUAAAUAAACUGCCUGGUGCAGUUGGAUGAAUUUGAAAAAUCAAUGAAAUUGUCAAUUUAAGGAAUUAACUCUGAAGUUAAUUCACAAAUUGCAAUAAAUCCAAAGGUUCAACUACCAAAUCCAUCUGGAAUGUUAAAAGAAAUUUCAAAUAUUAAUUAAUUUGUUCAUUAAAUUAAUUAAUCAAUCUUAUGAGGAGGGUUAAUACAGUCAUGUAUUAUAGGGAACAGUAAAACUGCUCAAUGGUGUGAUAAGUAACAACAGAUCAGGUGAUUGAUUCAAGGAGUUACUUUAUCAAUACAUUAUGUAGGCUCUUAUAACAAAGAUAAAAAUCAAAAAUCAAUGAUCAAUGAUUUAGAAUAAGCACAUCAAACUUCAUCAACCAAGUCAAUCACUUGAAUUAUGUCUGUAGAGUGUUACACACUGACUACAGAGAGGCAGUACAGCUGGCUGAUACUGCAGGCAGAUAAUAGCAGUGUUAGCUCAAUACCAAAAGCAACCAUGUGGGGCAGUAUGGAGUUGGGGUAACUGCACAAGCUCAACACAAGUGGAGAAGAAGAAGAAAAGAGGAAACAGUCAUCCAACUAGCCUCUUGUGGCUGUGAGGAGUUGGGAAGUGUGCAGGAAGGGGCCUUUAGGCUCUGCCUCCUUGAAGGGCCUUAUCUGCUUAAGGUCAAAUGGUCAGUCUCUCCACUGACAACAAAGGGUUAACAUUUCACAGCAGGCUGCAUCUGCACCCUCAAACAUAGAACUUUCCACCAUCUGCUCAGGCAGAUUGGUUCAAUAAAAUCAUUUACAGGAACAAGAAUCAAAGUGGCAAAUCCCUCAACAGCAGAUUCAACUGCAGACUUAAAAAUCACAAAUGCGGCGAUUUGUGAUCACAAAUUUUAUCUGAAUUCAUUCAAACAACAACCUCCCACUGUUACAGUGGUUUCCUGUGACAGUUAGCUUAUCUGUCAGGGGAAAGGAGGAAAUCUAAAUCCCAUAUAGUUACUAGAACUUCAUAGCAGACUAUAGUGACAAGAAUCAAAGUGACAAAUCCCUCAACAGCAGAUUCAACUGCAGACUUUAAAAUCACAAAUGCGGCGAUUUGUGAACACAAAUUUUGUCUGAAUUCAAUCAAACAACAACCUCCCACUGUUACAGUGGUUUCCUGUGACAGGUAGCUAAUCUGUCAGGGGAAAGGAGGAAAUCUGAAUCCCAUAUAGUUACUAGAAACUCGUAGCAGACUACAGAGACUUCAGGGGCUUGAAACCACAGCUCGGAGCAUCGCGAACACUGGGUUCAGCCAAAGGCCUUAAAUACAAGCGUACGGCGACGCAACAAUCGUGCACUUAAAUAUUGGACAGUCUAGACAGAGCAGAAGAAGCAGUCUCACUGCUACUCAGAACAACAUUUCACGCUGUCCAGCUCAAACACAGACUACAGGCAUGUAGUACAAAAGUGUGUGAAACACAGAGCAUAAAGGUUUUAUGCAUAGAUCAGGAAAACAUCAGAACUUAGUCAAGCAACUUCAGCAAGCAUAGCAUUUAUUGUGAUUAAGUCUAGGAUAGCCUGGAAAUAAGUUUCUCUCAUCAAUUUGGAAGGCUAAGUUUUAGGUUGUCUGUUAGUAUCCAGAAGUUUUGUUUGAAACGCCUCACGCAGGGGCACCAAAAUAUAUGUAGUGAUUUGAAAUGAGCCUCAUACGGUCGCACCAAAGUAUAUGUAGUGAUUUGAAAUGAGCCUCAUACGGCCGCACCCAAAAUAAUACUUGGCGAUUGGAAUUUAUAAUAAAUGUCUGAAGAUUAAUAAUCUCAAAUUAUGACAUUUAUGCACUCGUUGAAAGGGGCACCACCCACCCUUAAUGGUGGGAAAAUAAAGAAAACAAAAGUUUAAUUCAGAAAUCAAACAUCAAGUCAGUUUUAAUUAAUCAGUCUUAAUUAAUCAGUCUUAAUUAAUCAGUCUCAUAUCUUAAGUCGAAAUUCUAAUUUCAGGGACUCCACUUCUGGAAGAACACUAACAGACCAGAACUUAGAAAAAUAAUUAUCUGUUUAUUACAGGAUAAAUGAUGGUACAACACACAUGCAAUAAAUGAUGAUAAGAUAAUGAGGAUAAAAUAAUAAUAGGUGAAUAAAUAAAGAUUCUGAGUCAGGCUAGGAGCACUAAAGUUAAUGAUAGUGAGUGAAUAUGCGCUAACAUAUUAACCUACACUAACUUUAGUGUCGAGAUAAACUCGGAUGUGGAUUUGGAGGAAUCUAAGAUUACCAGAAUAAGAGGAUAUCUGAGUUGAACGCAGGAGACAGCACCAGCCCUCUUUAGAGCUCUGGAGGUUUGCAUACUUAAGUGAGACUGGUCCUUGGAGAAGAUGGAGCAGGUUCCGAAGGUCCGGGCUACUGGCGGUUCGAGCGGUUCAGCUCAGAAGACGACUGAAGUCAGCCGAAGGAUGAGCCAGGAGUUGCAGCACUCAGGCCCGAAGCAAAAACCAGCGCCUGUGGAUCCUGUGGAUGCUCGUUUGGGUACUUCUUUAGUCUCACUCAAAAACUCUGGCACAGAGGAUGACCUGGGCCUGUUGGAUUGCGUUCGGAGGUGACUUUGAAAUCACGCAGAAAACUCAGAAAAACGAGGCUCGAAGAGCAGAGAAAACUUUCAAAAAUGGCUUCGCGAAAUUAAAGAAAAUCAAUCAAAGGCUUAAUCUUGAAUUGCUAUGUGCACAAAAAGUUGAAGUUUCAAAACUUGAACUAAGACGAUGUUAAAGAAAAAUCAACGUGAAUCAACACGUGGCGUAAAACUUAGUAGACCAAGAAAAAGUUCUAAGAGAAAACAAAGAAACGCACCACAGAAGGGUGUGGGCAGAAGAGAAGGGGCAUAAGAGCCGGGGACAAGAGAGUCAGCAGAAGAGCAGAAGCAUAAGAGAGAUAAGAGAGUUAAGAGACAUAAGAGAGAGUGAGCAACCCGACUUCACUGGUUUUAUCUUCUUCACACUGGGAGUGGCUCCGGCGUGUGUGUGAGGAGACAGAGGAGGGGUUGUGUGGUCUUUGAUUAUUUGAUCUAACUUAUUCUUUUGGCUGGUAAAAGAGUCAGAUCUGAUACUCACUCACUAUGAUUAAUAUCAUUGAAUGCUUGGUUUCAUGACAAAUAAUUUGACACUAAACACAUAUGAAUGAAGUGUAGGAUCACAUCAAACAUUCUCAUUAUGUUUAAAGUAUCACAUUGAACAUGCUAAAUUACUCUGAAAUGAAACAGAUAGUAACACAUGGAAACUGUGAACAACAAAAGCGUAAACACAUGUGAAUGAACUUCAUCAUGAUUAAUAAUGGAUUCUAAAUACUCACAUUAAGGUUAUUCAAUGACAUGAUAACCACCUAAUGGUUAAAAAUACUAAAUAAACAACUACAAUAUAAACCAAACAUUUCUAAACUGUUUCUGUUACCUAGAGUUAAGUUAUGAUUCAUAGUCGAUAAAUUUAACUCUUAAAAGUUCAUGAAACAGUCUGAAAAGCUGUUGGUCUACAGAAACUAAAGAGCGAUAACUCGGCUUCUGGAGCACAUAGAAAAACGGGAAACAUCUCAUUUUAACACAAAUUUCAUGAUUAGACAGAUUAGUACAUUGCUGAAUGCAUAAGAUGUCAGGAUCAGUCAUUUGUAUUCUUUCACCAAAGGAAUGUAGUCUUUAUCAGUGCAUGGUCGAGCAGGGUUUUACGACCGAGGUCUGGAGGUCAGUGUCCCCCCCUUUUCCUGGGGUCCGUAUGUUCACACACUUUAAGACGCUUAAUCUCAAAUGGGAGAUCUGGGUUAAGGUUAAUGUUUAUUUAGAUGGUCAGCAAAUGGAGUCAGUUUGAAAGGUAAUAAAAACUCUGUCUCUGUUCGCCGAACUGACCAAUCCUGAAGAGUCAGAGGUUUAGUCAACCUCCGGUUGGGUCACUUAUUUAACCUGAAAGUGCAAACACGUCUGGAAAGAUUUAUAUCCUGUUUCCUGGGACCAGAUAAGGAAACUUUCCUGUAAGGAAUGUGUGGGUUUCACAUCCAGGGUUGUCUUGAUUGCUACAAAAGCAUUGGUGCUACUGUAGAUGACAACAGACCCCCAGCAAACACAAUGUUUGCAGGACUUCUACAACUAGGAUAAAGUGACAUAGUCCAGGACCAGAGGUCAACAGUUUAACGGCACUACAACAUGCUAGAGCAGGUCCUGCUUGACAAGAAACACUUCUGUUACAGACACUUGGCUUACUUUGUUAAAGCGGUUUACCUGUCCAGCAGAAAGGUUACAGGGUCACGAAGAUCCCGAAGCGUCCCCCAUCAUUGUUGACCCGGCUUUUUAGCUCUUGUCCGGUCUAUGUCCAUUUUAAGCGCCCGUCAUUCCGUCAGAGUCUCCGGUAUUUACUUUGUUUUCUUGCUUGUGUUUGCAGUCGUGGCUAAAGGAGGAUUCAGACAAUUUUCUGUACUUUCUGGUUGGUUUCUACUGUCUGAUAUUGUAGCACGCUAACUUUGUUUGGGCUCCUGAACGAAACGGGGGAGCAGCGUCUGCCUCACAACCUAGCAGGAUGGGGGAGGUGGAGAACGGCUUUGUUUACAGUCGGAAAGAACGGAGCGCUCUGAAAUUUUAAAAUGUUGACUACACAGACAUAACAAAACACAGCGAUAUAAUCAUAGUACCAAAUGUCAUCAAUAACUAAUAACUAUUGACUAAUACUAAAAGCUUUCUUGUAUAUACACCACAAAAAAAGAUGCGUCUUUAACAGAAUCCUGCCUACCGCCUUUAGAUUUGAGUUUCAAAUUUAAAGGUAAAUAACAGAGGGUGAUAAAUAUGUUCCCUCAUCUCUAUCAUCUCUCCUGUGAAUCAGCGGGUUGUAAAUAUAGACUUAACCUUUGACAUGCUGAGUCAGGUCUGAUCCUUCAGAGCAGAAAUAACAAAAGUCAAAGUUCAUUCAGACCUGAGGAGGAGGAUCAUUCAUCAUCAGGACUGAGAGACGCUCUCACGCCUCAUCUCUGACUGUCUCUCGCUCUCAGAGCCUCUGAGUGAUUUCAUCCUGCCGUGACGGACUUCUGUCAGUGAACGCAGUGUGAUGUUUUUUUUUUCUCUUUCAAACAUAAACAAGAGUGUUUCCUGCUGCAGCAGCUGAGCGUGCUCAGACCUUUCCUUCUCUAAACAGUCCAUAGAUUUGAAGGCUGAAAUCUUUAUCCAUUUAUUUAUUUAUAUCAGGACAGUCAAACAUGUUUAAAACAGACGGUGUGUACACAGGGAGUUUUGUUUGUGCUCGCCAGUUACACUUCUUCUCAGUCUUGGUGUUCACGUCUGCAAAAGUCAAACAGCUUCUGGAAAACAUGUUCUGCUUUAUUCUGAUGCGAGGAGCAGCUGGAGCUUCUCUUCUGACAGACAGAGUUCAUUGAUAAAAACAGACGUUUGUCCUCACAGAGGACAGAGGACUGGAGCUGUCUCUUCUCGGUUUACUCUGAAAGUCCAAUGAAUGAUUGAUUGAUAAAUGAAUGAUUUAGUUUUUUGUCCUCAGGAUCUGGUCACAUUUCUUGUAUUGGCACAGAGUUUUACACUGAAACGACAAUGUGUUUUGAUGAACCACAGAUGAAUUACUGAGUCCAUAUUUUGAGAUUUUGUCAUGUUAUUAGAGGUGGACACAACAUUUGACAUACUUGGACAUGAUAUAUGAGGAGACUCUGCUCAGGAUGUGUCCUCCUGAGAAACGUUUAAAUAAAUCUGUUAUGAUCCUACAAGAGUUACUAAAGAGCUGCAAAAGAAAAAUGUAUAUAUAUUUUUAAAUUCUGUCUUAUUUUUAAAAAUUCUGAGACCAAAUUCAGUGAUCUGAGGUUUAAAUCAGAGUCCUGAUUUAUGUCUUGAAAUUCUGAAUAAAAUCUUAGAAUUUAAAGAUUAAAAAUCAGGAAAUUAAGAAAAUAAUUAAAAUUCCAACUGUAAUCUCGACAUUCUGAGAAAAGUCAAAGUUUGGAAAAAAUUUAGAAUUUAAAAUAUUUUUCAGAAUUCAGAAAUUAAAUUCACAAUUCUAACUUAAUUACCAGUUUUCUGCACUUGAUCUUAAAAUUCUGAGGGACAAGUCAGAGUUCGGAGAUAAAACAGAAUAUUCUCAAAUAAAAAUUAUUCUGACUGCAAUGUCAGAAUUCUGUGCAAGAUUAUAAUUUUGAAACAGUUUCAAUUUUUGACUUUGAUCUCAAAAUUAGAAAUCCAAUCUCAGAAUUCUGACUUUUAUUCUGACUGGAAUCUCAGUAUUCUGAAAAAAAGUCUCUGAAAUUAAGAAAAUUUACUUUUUGAAACCAUUGGAAGUCCAAAUUUGAGAAAAAGUUGGAGUUAAUUUUAAUGUUGAAGUUAAAUUUUAUAAAAAGUACAUUUUUCAGAAUUCUUUAAUUACUCAGAAUUUUGACUUUGAAUAAAUGUAAGAAAGUCUGACACACAAUAACACAAACAACAACAGACCAACAACUCCCAUGUUUGUUUGGUAAACCGGUUUUAUAACAAAGAGGUGGAGUCCAACAACUAACCGUUAACAAUACGUGUCCUAGUUUCGGUUUCUGUAGGACUCUGUCUUAACCUGUCUCAAAUCCUUUAUUUACAGAGCAAGUAUGUAGACCAGGUUAGAGCAAUUAACCAAAACAUGACCUAGUUUGGAUCACCUAAUUUACAUCUAGAUCCUUUCUUCCAUCCAGGUGUACAACGCCAUCGAGAACCUGGACGACCACGUUCUGCGCUAUGACCUGGAGGGACUGGAGAAAACUCUAAGGAGGGAAGUUUUUGGACAGCAGGGGGCGGUGGAGGGUUUGCUGACCCACCUGAAGGACUACCUGUCCACCUACGUCCACAACAAACCUCUGGUGGUGUCGCUACACGGUCCCAGCGGCGUGGGGAAAAGCCACCUGGGACGCCUGCUGGCCGGACACUUCCGCUCUGUGGUUGGGGAAUCUCUGGUGCUUCAGUACUACGUCCUGCACCACUGCCCCCAGGAGGCCGACGCCGUGAUGUGUGCCAACCACCUCUCGACUGUCGUCUCGGAGAUGGUGGAGCGAGCCGAGGAGGAGGAGAAGAUCCCGCUCUUCAUCUUCGACGAGGCCGAGCACAUGCAGGACGAGAUCCUGGACGCUCUGUGGCAGCUGGUGGCGUCCAAACAGUCCAACGAGUACCUGAACGCCAUCUACCUGUUCCUGAGCAACCUGGGUCACACACACAUCACCAAACACAUGCUGCACAACUCAUCCAGCAUCACUGGGUCAAUGUCAGCAUCCAGUCGCCAUAGCAACCUGGUAAAAGAGCUGAUUCCUCUUCUACGCAGCACCCUGGAGAAGCUGCACCAGCUGUGGACAGAGGCGGACAUCUUACCUUUGGGCCUGCUGGAAAAAAGUCACGUGAUGGAGUGUUUCCUGGAUGAAAUGAGCCGAGAGGGUUUCUACCCGGAUCAUGCCAACAUUGAGCGCCUGGCGGGGGAGAUAGAGUACUACCCUGCUGUAGGGGAGCACGAAUACUCGCAGUCAGGCUGCAAACAAGUGGUGGCAAAGGUCAACCUGCUGUGAACGCUGGAGCAGGAAAGGUUCGGAUGUUUGACAUUCUUCAAGUCUGAAGAAACACAGAGAGACGAGGCAGAGAGAUUACAAAACACUCAGAAGUGGGUUUGAAAGAAUGUCAGAAACCGUCUGGACCAGAGGACGUUGAAAUCACCCAGAGCGCUAACAGUCCUCAACGACAGAUGCUUAAAACCAGGACCUCAUGUGGGUUUUUUGAGCUCUAAAUGACAAACUUAGAACUUUAGAAAUCUUCGUAGUCUCUCCUGGAGGAGAAAAGUCGGCAGCAGUUUGUCAGGUGUGAACUCAGAUUGUACGUCAAACAACAUCUCAGAAAAACAGGAAUUUUUAAAAAGCAGAAACGGCUGAUUGAGCCACCAGACUCCAUUCAUAAAAACAGAUAUUCUAUUGGACAACACGGUCUGAUCUGGGGGGAUACCUAGACCUGUGAUGGCUGAAGAACAGCACCAUUUUGGUCCAGACCUGCAUGUGCAUGAGUCCCAGGGUGAUCAGCGCCACUCCCGCUUCCCACAUCCAUCUCACACAUACCAGAAAUCAAGUGAAAAUAAGCCUCGCCUAGUUUUCUGCAGGCCACACGUGGAUAUCCGCCAGAAUAAGCAGAAAAGGUUUUGGAUCAGCUGUAUUAAUAUCACAACUUUUCUCAAGGAUGCUUUUAUUUUGAAGUUUUGUCAGAUAGUGAAUGAAGUCACUUGUUUUGAAGUCGUUGUUAAGGUUGUUAAGACAAAAGUCGUCAAAAAGUAAGCUGUGUUACACCAUGUAUAACAAACUUCCUGUUUUCUGCUUCCAUCUCUCUGCUCAGCUGUUUAUGAAGUCUUUGUGUGUAAAUUAAGCACCAAUUUUAAUGUCAACAAAGUCCUUUUCUAACUCCCUAAAUCAUCCUCCCUGACUCGACUCACAUAAUUUCACUAAUUAAAUACUAAGUUAUAUAAGACACCCUCCAGAUCUCUGUCUCUCUCUGCUUUUACACCUGAGUUUAAAUCAAGGACCUUUUUAUGUUUGUUUAGAUGUUAAAUCAGAGCUAAUGCUAUAAAAUACUAAAGUGAGAGAACUGAUAGAAGCUGCAAAUGACAUUUUAAGUGAGAUAAAAUUUAUAUUUUUGUUAAUGGGGUUUUGUGGCUCAGGAAUAAAUGAUGAAAAAUUUAAAGAGGUAAACUUUAACGGUUCAUCUAAAUCACUUAGAUUUAUGUCUUGAGAAACCUCACUUGGUUCUCAUCAUGCAGAUAGUUUAAAUAAGCCACAGACUGUAUAUAGAAUGGAUGCCGUCCGCCUCCUCGCUGGGUGAAGCCACUGCGAGAACAGCACCCUCUGGUGACGGGCUGCAUUAUAGGUCAUAAAACCCACUUCCUCCAGGAAUCCCCCAGGACAAACUUUAUAAAUUAGUUACACAGAAUAUCAAUUUUUCUCCCCCCUGGUUGUGAUGUUGACAUGUAGCUACUGUAAGACUGGUUUGUGUUCAAGUCCUCUUUUUUCUGUACAGCUCUGUUUUUGAAAGUUGUUAGGGGGUUCAUGUUUUCUGUGAUUGACACUUGAUAGCAGAGCGUCAUCACAGCGACUCUCUGGCCGAACGUGCACAAUGCUACUGCGCAAGUGGUGGUUCCAGGAAGUGGAAAAAAUCCUGGAAAUACUGAGAGCAAUUUAGCUUCAAAUUCAUACAAUGACAGAAGACGGAGCCAAGUUGUCCAUAACAUAUACAGUCUAUGGUAUUAACUUUGUGCUCUUUAUUUUCUAUAUUUGGUUGUUCUUGGAUGGUGGCAGAAGUUUUGAUCAAACUUCAAAAAUCUGGAAGAAUUGACCUGGUUUGUAGGUACAAUCUGAGGUUAGGUAGCAUUAACAUUCAAGAGAAUAUAUGUAGGAUUUAUACGAACUGCUCCUUUUUUACUUUGAAUGUUUGUUACUGCUAUAGUCAGCAGCUCUAUCAGACAACAGAAAUUGACUUAAAAGCAGAACAUAUCAAGCAUUAUGUGUGGGGAAAAUCAUGAACAUGUUUUAAGUUUUUAUCUUGCAAGAAAUGUAAAAUUGAAGCAGCUAACAUGAAUUUAAAGAACUUGACAUCUGUAGGAUCUUCACUUUUCAAGUCUUUGUAUUCAUUAAAAUUAAACAUAAGAAGAAUAGACUUUAAGUUACUGAAUCCACAGUCGACCUGUGAACGAUCUGCAUGAAUCUUGUAUGAAACAGUUUGAUUGAAUGAUUUGAUUAAGAUGAUUAAUUAAAGUCAAAUUUCCAUGUUUACAGAUUUGACAUCCAGAGAAAUGAAAUUAAAGGGAACCCAGACUUUCUCCAGUGUUAAUAACUUUCGAAUGAGUCAUGAAUGUUUAAAUGUUUGUAUUCAGUUUAUGUUUUAUAUAAACUUUGAUAUGUAGAUGGUGAAUUGGCAUUAAAGACAAAGUUUGAAAAAUG